AUGUCUUCGGGCUUGUCGAAGCAAGACUUCGGCAAGUUCGUGCAAUUCUUUCGUCAGGCUUCGCCCUACGUGGAAGGACAUCGCGGCAAGACUUUUGUGAUCGUCAUCCCCGGCAACGUGAGGGUCUCCGCUAAUCGGCCGUUGCUGCAAAGCAUUAUGGCAGACAUCGCCUUGCUCCAUGGCCUCGGGGUUCAUGUUAUACUUGUCGUCGGGGCUCAGCAGCAAAUCGAUGACAUGCUCAAGGAGCGUAACAUGACGCCCAAGUACGUUGGUGGAUAUCGGCUCACGGACCGCGAGGCGAUGCGCAUAGCCAUUGAAGCGGCGGGUCAAAUUCGGACGACGUGUGAGCAGUUUCUCAGCAAGGGCCCCGCUAUUCCCAUGUUCCGGCGCCACACGAAGGGCGACGGGGAGGUGCACUUCGAGCCGGCACUGCGAGUCAUCUCCGGGAACUACAUCACCGCCAAGCGACGCGGGGUGCUCGACGGAGUGGACUUUGGGCUGACGGGCGAGGUCCGGUUCGUACUCAAGGACGAUAUUCGUCGGCAGCUGGACUCCGGCAAUAUCGUGCUGCUGUCCAAUAUCGGCUUCACGGCGGCUGGGGAGGUGCUGAACUGCAACACCUACGACGUGGGCCUGCACGCGGCUGCGGAGCUGGGUGCCGACAAGUUGUUUUUCCUGCACCUGGACGAGGUGGCGGCUCUCAAUUUGCCGCAAUGGCUGCCGUUGUCGGAGGCGCAAAACAUGCUCAUGGAAAAGCUGCAGCAAAUGGUGGCGCUCAAGGCCAGCAUGGACACAACCAUCCUGCCAGCCACGGGGCCGAACGCCGGGCCGCCCGAGCCGGCGUCGGCGUACGGCGCCGCGACGUCGCUAUCGGCCUCCCAGCUGCGUGCCUACCAGGCCAUGAAGCGGGAGGAGCUGGUGGUGGAUUUGGAUAUCUGGUCGGCGCAGGGCUUCCCGACUGCGGUGUCCACCUGCGUGGUGGCGUGCUGCAAGGGUGAGAGAGGGUGGAGUGCUGGGAGGUGUAUAGCGUGUGUCAAACGCGCCCACUUGCUUGAUGCACGCAUUGACGGUGGGUUGCUGCUGGAGCUGUACUCGCGGGACGGAGUGGGCACCAUGAUCUCCGCGGACUUCUAUGAAGGCAUCCGUAAGGCCCUCCCCAACGACCUGGACGGACUGGCUGCCCUGCUGGAACCGCUGGAGAAGGCGGGUAACCUGGUGAAGAGAACCCGGGAGGAGCUGGGCGACCUGAUACCCAAUUUUACGGUUAUUGAGCGCGACAACCGCAUCCUGGGCGCUGCACUGUUGCUGGACCUGGGUCAGACACCUGACGGGGUGACGGUGGCGGAGGUGGGCGCCUUCUGCGUGGACCCCGUGUACAGGGGCAGUGGCCGCGGUGACUCCCUGCUUGAUUACGUGGAGCAAGACGCCCGCGGUCGGGGCAUCCAACGUUUGGUACUGCUUACCACCCGCACCGCCGACUGGUUCGAGCAGCGCGACUUCCGGUGGCAGGGCGCCGCAUUCGCCUCGGAGCUGCUGCCGCUGGCGCGCCGUGCUCGAAUCAACCCGGCACGCAACAGCCAACUGUACGUCAAGAACUUGGAGGCGCCGGCGGACGACCUGACGGCGCCCGGCAAGAGGAUUGGAUUUUGA